AUGCAGAAGUCCAUCAUCGCAUAUCUCUUAGCCGCCGCCAACCUCACAGCGGCGGUGCGCGACGCGCAACUCGUCCUAGCUCCGAUCACCGAGAUCUCGAGUGUGUCGGCCUCGCACGGCGAUCACCGUGUCGAUGAGAGUAUCUUGGCCGCAUUAGAUAAACAUCCAGACCCAGUCACCGCGUUUGUCUCGCUCCAGGGUGAAGAUGCCCGAGCGGAGACCGAAGCGGCACUGGCUGAGCCGCGUCUCUUGCGGAUUAUGGGCGCAGCCAAGCCAGAGUGGAUGACUGAGGGAGAUAAGAUGCGACUGCGCAGAAAAGGGACAAAAUUCAUGGAUAUCACCGACCAUGAAGAGUUCUAUGGGGAGCAGGUGUACAGUGCAGCGGCCGGGAAGCCAAAUACCCCCGAGCUGGCUCAUGAAAGUCUGAUCCGGCCUCUCUUCCCCUUCAUCGAUACAGGAAGAAUGUCGGAUGUGCUCAAGCAUAUGACUAGCUAUUACAACCGCUACUAUGACGAUAUCCAUGGAGAAUUGAGCUCUGUAUGGCUUCAUGAACAUCUUUCCCAGAUUAUUGCCAAAGCCCCGCUCCACACCCACAUUUCGCUAGAAUACUUCACUCACCCUUUCCGCCAAUCCUCCAUCAUCGCUCGCUUCGAGCCAAAAGUUCGCAACUUCUCGCACCCUUUGACCAUCCUCGGCGCACACCAAGAUUCAGCAAACUAUCUCUUUCCACUCCUGCCAGCUCCGGGCGCGGACGAUGACUGCUCGGGCACCGUCAGUAUUCUCGAGGCUUUUCGCGUUCUAGCGGAAGCCGGAUUCACGCCCCAGAAUGGCCCGGUCGAAUUUCACUGGUAUGCUGCUGAGGAAGGUGGCUUGCUAGGUAGCCAAGCUAUUGCUCGGUACAAGAAAGAACAGGGAGCGCGCAUUGGUGCAAUGAUGGAAUUUGACAUGACGGCAUUCAUUGCCAAGAAUAGCACGGAGAUUAUCGGUUUUAUCUCUACGGAAGCCGAUGAAAUCCUCACGAACUGGACAGUCAACUUGAGCAAGAAAUACAUCUCCAUCCCUACCAAGCUCUACAAUCUUCCCUCGGGUGCCGGUUCGGACUACAUGUCCUACACACAACUCAAUUAUCCGUCUGCUUUUGCUUCCGAGGGAAACCCCACGGCCAGAAGCGUAAUUGGUGGAUUUGGUGAAUACGAUCCGUACGUCCACGGGGUUAACGACACCAUGUGGAUCGACGAUGAAACAGGUCAUUUUUCUGUUGACCACAUGGCGAGGUUCAGCGAGUUAGCAAUUGCAUUCGCUGUAGAGCAGGCCGGGUGGGACAAUAAGUGGAGGUAG